AUGAAGUUCACUAUUGUGAUUGCUUUUCUUGGAGUUCUCCUGGCUCCAGCUCCUGCCGAUAAGAACAGCAAGGAAAACAUUAAGAGGUACCAUGGUGAAUAUUCACACUAUCCUUUGGAUGACACUGCAGUCGACUCCGGCUCAAAUAAGCACUCGGAGAUCUGGAAAACUGUCUGGGACACCAAGACUGGCUACAUUGCAACCAAGGUAUUUACAAAAAAGACCUGCAUCAUUAGUAAAGCUGACACAAGAUUCUUCCCUGCUAAUGAACGAUUUUCUGCACCACCUCAGGGAGACAAGGAGUCUAGACCUCAGCACCUUCCACCCAGAGUGAAUCGUUACAUUAUCUCAAAAAACAGACUCCAUAACUUGCGCCCAUAUGGAGAACGCAUUCAAAAUCUGUGCCAAGGAACACCCUCUUACUUUGCUUACCCAACCCCUGGAACAAGUGAAGAGAGACCGGUUCCAUCCUCUUGA